AUGCCAAAACCUCACCAAGUGCAAGUGAUCAAGGACAGAGAAACCCAAUUAAGGGAACAGCAGGAAGCAGAAAGCAAAAGAAGAACUUACAGAGAUGUGAAGGAAGAAACAAGGAAAAAGCACAAAAAAGCUCAUUUCGAGGCAUCGCCAACUCCAGAAGAGUCUACAUCCGACAAAAUAUCGUUACCAAGAAAGAGAUACUACAGACAAAGAGCACAUUCCAACCCUUUUUCCGACCACAGAUUGGAGUAUCCUAGAUCUCCAGACGACAUGAACUGGGAAAAGUUGUUCCCAGGAUUCUACGACGAGGAAACGAAGCAGAUGACUUCCUCAGUAGAGAUCGCAGAUGUAGGCUGCGGUUACGGAGGGUUAUUGACGAAAUUGGCACCAGAGUUUCCCAAUUCGUUGAUUUUGGGAAUGGAAAUCAGAGUGCAAGUCACCCAGUACGUGGAAGACCGUAUUAUUGCAUUGAGAAACAAGCAUGAAGAUGAAGAUGUCAACUUUCAGAAUAUCGCCGUGUUGCGUGGAAAUGCCAUGAAGUUCUUGCCCAACUUCUUCCGCAAGGGUCAAUUGUCCAAGAUGUUCUUUUGCUUCCCUGAUCCUCAUUUCAAACAGCGUAAGCACAAGGCCAGAAUCAUCACAAACACCUUGUUAUCGGAAUAUGCAUAUGUGUUGAAGGAAGGAGGAGUGGUGUAUACCAUUACUGACGUUGAAGACUUGCACAACUGGAUGGUUAAGCAUUUAGAAGAACAUCCACUUUUUGAAAGAUUGAGCAAAGAAUGGGAAGAACAGGAUACCUGUGUUUCUAUCAUGUUCAAUUCCACCGAAGAAGGUCAGAAAGUCACAAGAAACAAGGGUUCAAAAUGGAUAGCAUGCUACAGACGAUUGCCUAAUCCAGAGGAAUGUGUGUAG